CCUUGGUGCUCCCUCAUACGACCCCCACGCCACGCACACCAAAAGUGGCGGCAACCCUCGCCUCGUUAACUACUCACCCAUCACCCCCCGUGCCACGAGCAGCGAGCGACAGGGUUGAGAGGCCAUGGCGCCCGCCGCGUUCGACGCCGAGGCCGGCGCCAACGGCUCGAGCCACGAAGCCAAGCCGGCGCCCGCCGCCGAGGCAGACGCCGGCGCCGCCUUCGUGCUCGAGUCCAAAGGGACGUGGUGGCACGCGGGGUUCCACCUGACGACGGCGAUCGUGGGGCCGACGGUUCUGACGCUCCCCUACGCGCUGCGCGGGAUGGGAUGGGCGCUCGGCCUCACCGCGCUCUCCGUCAUGGCCGCCGUCACCUUCUACGAGUACUCCCUCAUGUCCCGCGUCCUCGACCAUUGCGAGGCGCGCGGCCGGCGACACAUCCGCUUCCGCGAGCUCGCCGCCGACGUCCUAGGGUCCGGGUGGAUGUUUUACUUCGUGGUGACCGUGCAGACCGCCAUCAACACCGGCGUUAGCAUCGGCGCCAUCCUGCUCGCCGCCGACUGCCUCGAGAUUAUGUACACGAGCCUUGCAUCCAAUGGUCCCCUAAAACUGUACCACUUUAUUAUCAUCGUGGCUGUGGCGCUGGCCUUCCUCUCCCAGCUACCAUCAUUCCACUCGCUGCGGCACAUCAACUUCGUCUCGCUACUCCUGAGCUUGGGCUACACCAUCCUUGUAUCUGCUGCUUGCAUUCGUGCAGGCUUUUCUAAAAAUGUUCCUGCGAAGGACUACUCGCUAAGCUCGUCCAAGUCCGAGAAGACCUUCAAUGCUUUCUUAUCCAUUUCCAUCCUUGCAUCCGUUUUCGGCAAUGGCAUAUUGCCUGAAAUACAGGCGACGUUGGCGCCACCGGCGGCCGGGAAGAUGAUGAAGGCGCUCGUGCUGUGCUACUCCGUCAUCGUCUUCACGUUCUUCCUCUCGUCGAUCACAGGGUACUGGGCUUUCGGAAGCCAUGUCCAGUCCAACGUCCUCAAGAGCCUCAUGCCGGACUCCGGCCCCGCCCUCGCCCCAAUGUGGCUGCUGGGCGUCGCUGUCCUCUUCGUCCUCCUCCAACUCCUCGCCAUCGGCCUCGUCUACUCCCAGGUGGCGUACGAGAUCAUGGAGAAGAGCUCAGCCGACGCGGCGCGGGGACGGUUCUCACGCCGGAACCUUGUCCCGCGGCUACUGCUGCGGACGCUGUACCUGGCCUUCUGUGCUCUCAUGGCGGCUAUGCUGCCAUUCUUUGGCGACAUCGUGGGCGUCGUCGGCGCUGUGGGCUUCAUCCCACUCGACUUCGUGCUCCCCAUCCUCAUGUACAACAUCGCGCUCAUGCCGCCGCGGCGGUCCCCGGUUUUCAUCACCAACACGGCUGUCAUGUUCGUGUUCGCCGGCGUUGGGGCCAUUGGCGCCUUCGCCUCCAUCCGCAAGCUUGCGCUCGACGCCGGGCAGUUCAAGCUCUUCAGCAACAACGUUGUCGACUGAACUUUGGACAUAUCUUGAGUGGUACAUGUACGUGUAUAGUUGUCGCAUCUAGGCGUCGUAUAUGGGCGAAUCAUAAAUACGCAAAGAAAGUCCCCCGAGAGUGGAGUAGAAUAAAGAACGGUGGAUCGUCGAUCGAUCGAUGAGAUGGUUGAGCCGGUCGACGACUGGGCAUUAAUAAGUGACGUCACUACUUAUA